UAUUCUAUGUAGUAUAAUCAAAAUGGAACCUCAAGAGAACGAUCCCGAGGAAAAGCCCAAAUCUGCCCCUUUGAAUGAGAUUGAAGUCAAAAUUCUAAAAUCUUACGGUGUAGGACCUUAUGUUGCUCCGAUAAAAUCAGCUGAUCAUGACAUCAAGGAAACAAUUUCAAGAAUUAACAAACUAUCUGGUGUUAAGGAAAGCGACACAGGCCUUAACCCUUCCCACAUGUGGGAUUUAACAUUAGACCAGCGGUCUUUACAGGAAGGUGCGCCGCUCCAAGUAGCUAGGUGUACUAAUAUCGUUAAUCCUGGGACUCCACAGGCAAAGUAUAUAAUUAAUGUGAAGCAGAUUGCUAAAUUCGUUGUGGGUCUUGGUGAAAAGGCUGCCGCUACCGAUAUCGAAGAAGGAAUGAGAGUUGGCGUUGACCGAAACAAAUAUAAAAUUCAAAUUACCCUCCCUCCAAAAAUUGAUCCCUCUGUCACAAUGAUGACUGUUGAAGAAAAACCGAACAUAACUUACAAUGAUAUUGGUGGUUGCAAGGAUCAGCUGGAAAAACUUAGAGAAGUUGUUGAAUUACCCUUGCUACAUCCAGAGAGAUUUGUAGCACUUGGAAUAGAUCCACCAAAUGGAGUUUUAUUGUAUGGGCCACCGGGAACUGGAAAAACACUGACAGCUAGAGCUGUAGCCAAUCGCACAGACGCUUGUUUUAUUUGUGUAAUCGGGUCUGAACUCGUUCAAAAGUAUGUUGGAGAAGGAGCUAGACUAGUUCGUGAAUUGUUUCAAAUGGCAAGAUCUAAGAAGGCCUGCAUCCUAUUUAUUGAUGAAGUAGAUGCAAUUGGCGGUUCCAGGGGAGAUGAAUCAGCCCAUGGUGAUCACGAAGUACAAAGAACCAUGUUGGAAAUCGUAAAUCAACUGGAUGGAUUUGAUGCAAGGGGAAAUAUCAAAGUACUAAUGGCUACAAACAGACCAGAUAUAUUAGACCCCGCUCUUUUACGUCCAGGUCGUAUUGAUAGGCGCAUAGAAUUUGGGUUACCUGAUCUAGAGGGUCGUAAGCAUAUUUUGAAGAUACAUUCCAAGACCAUGAGUGUCGAUAAGGACAUCAGAUAUGAACUCUUGGCUAGGCUUUGUCCAAAUAGUACUGGUGCAGAUCUGAGAAGUGUUUGUACUGAGGCUGGAAUGUUUGCAAUUAGGGCCAGAAGGAAGAGCAUCUCAGAAAAAGAUCUUAUUGAAGCGAUCUCCAAAGUAAUCAAGGGAUAUAAAAAGUUCUCUGCCACAGGAAGAUAUAUGGUUUACAACUAAGAAAACUCAC